CUCAUGUUUAAUCUCCCUACUUACAUCUUUAGGGGGAAACGCAGCGUGAAGCACAAUGGGACCAUUCCAGGAGUAUGAGGAAAAGAAGUUUCCGGAGAAGGGCAGCCCCCGCAGCCGCAUACCCCGCUUGGUGCUUCUUCCUUGCCGGCCCAAGGACAAAGACUCACCCCUCUCCGACUCCCCUGUCUCCGAAGAGGAGGGGAAAGAGUGCGACGUCAGUUCUGACCACUCCAAACGGACCAUCAGCACCAAUAGCUUCUCCUCAGGCUCUGACCACAGCCCCCAAGGCACCCCGCCCCCCCCCGAGCGCAGGAACAAGGUGAAGAGGGUGAGGGUGAUGGCGGAGUGGAUCCCAGAGGACAACCCCCCACCCAGGCACAAGAGGGAGCAGAGACCACGCACAUUGACCAGGGGCAGCGAAGCGGACUUCAGCUCUUCCAGCAGCGCAGGCAGCUUGAAGGCCAGGGAGCUCCAAGGUUCCCACUCUACAGGGAGAAAGAUCUCCUCACGCAGCCGUGGCGUCCACAUCAGAAGCCUCCCGGUGUUCAAACCAGCUGGGAUCACCACAGCCAAUCGGGAUGCAGAGCUUUACGCCCCCUACAGGACCCCCCCUAAAGCCCCCCCCUCCUCCACAAACAGCAGCAGCAACUCCAGCCCCACGUCCAGGAGAGUGAGCCUGGGGAGGUACCAGUCCUGUGGAGACAACCACGGCAUCCGACCCCCGCACCCCGAGCAGUACCUCACCCCCCUGCAGCAGAAAGAGGUGGCCAUCAGGCACCUGAAGGGCAAGCUGAGGGAGUCCGAGAAUGUCGUCCAUGACAGGGAUAUGGAGGUUGAGGAGCUAAAGGGUCAACUGGGCCGGAUGCGAGAGGACUGGAUCGAGGAGGAGUGCCACCGUGUGGAGGCGCAGCUGUCUCUGAAGGAGGCUCGCAAGGAGAUCAAGCAGCUGCGCCAGGUGGUGGAGACCAUGAGGGGCAGCCUGAUGGAGAAGGACAAGGGCAUCCACAAGUACUUCAUCGACAUCAACAUCCAGAACCGCAAGCUGGAGUCGCUGCUUCACAGCAUGGAGCUGGCCCAGAGCGGCUCCACCUUUCAGGUUGAGCCCACCCUGGACUUCAUCGGUGACGACUCCCCCGGCAGCCGGUCCUCCAGCCCAGGGGACCAGCAGGGGCAGGAGGAGGCUGGGGUUGUGGAGGAAGGGGCCGGGGACCUGGAAGACCAGGCUGCAGAGGUGAUGGCGGACAGCGGGCUACUGGUGAACGAUGAGCUAGCCAGCCGUACAGACAUCCUGGAACACGUCCUGAUGUCCACCGCCAUGGAGACCAGCCAGGAUGGCAGUGGGAAGCUAGGGGAGGGGCCUGGGACAGGGCUGGAUCCAGGCGUGUCCACACUGUUGCUGCACAGUAGAGUGGAGGAGGAGGAGGGGAAGACCACAUCUGCCCCCUGUGGUUCCAGCUCCCCUGCUCCGUCCGAGGUCGUCCCACAGGAGAAGGGCAUUCAGACGGAAGUGGUGACCAUCCCUCCAGACCUGCUGGCUCUCCUGCUGCAGCUGCUGAAGCACCAUGGGGGGUCUGUGGAAGACGCCCUGCUCCCAGUCUACAGCUGCCUCCUGGGGAUUUCCGCUCCCUCUCCUGCCCUUGGCUCCACCUCUGGAUCCGCCCUUGCCCCUGUCCCAAAGCCUAAGCUGGCUGCCUCUCCCCCCAGCCCCAGCCCGCUCCCCUCUGCUCCCCAAGAGAGCCCAGCCACCACCUCUGACUCCGGGCUGUGCCAGAGCCAAGAGCCAAAAGAAGCCCCUGAGGUCCUAGAGCCCUCCAAGUUUAUGCAGGAGCUGGACUUCACUGUGAGCACGGAGGAGGAGUCCUGCCUGGAGCCAGGAAUGGAGGUGGUCAGCAAAAGCUACUGGAGCAGCAGCUUCCUAGUUGACCUUGUUGCCGUGGCGGCGCCCGUGUUGCCCACGGUGGCUUGGCUGUACUCGCGCCAUGGCAUCGACGGCCGCACUCCAGUCUACAACAUUGCCUCGCUCAUCCGUGGCUGCUGCAUCAUGGGAUUGCACUCCCUCCGACACGUCAGUCGUGGCCCAAAUGUGUAGCCCCUCCCCCCCUCUUCAAGGCUUUAGGAUCUCCAUUCUAGUUCAUGGUCAUGUAGGUCUACUGUAAAUUGGCUUACCACCACUGUGUAUAAGGGACCACUGUCCUAGACCAGCUGCCCCCCCCCCCCCACCCCCCCCAACACACCACAGCACUUCAGCAUUGCUCGACCACACUUUUGUGUCUGUGGGAAUUUAAUUUUCCUACACGUAAAUAUGGAACUAGAUUUAUUUUGGGAUCCACGCUGUUGUUUUUGCACUGUAUAGAUGCCAUGAGUUAAGCCGUGUUUAAAGGGAUUAUUUAUGAAUGUUUAUUUAUUUUUCCUUUGGUUUUGUUAUGCUGAAUUGUGGGUAUGAAUGCUAAUCAUCUAGGUAGGUGGUUACGUUUCAUUGUUGUCCUAUGCUGGUGUCAUGUACCACUUUGUAAACGUCAGCCAUGUUCUGAAAGUACUGGGAUGUUCGAAAAGAUUGGGGAUAUUUCUGUUAAGGUGAAUGUGUUGAGAAAGGGUUUCUACAAGUUUGAGAGUUUAUAAUGGUCAUUGUGCUUCCUGUUCCUCAAAGAAAAAGGAAAAAAAUAAAAUAAAAAUACACCUCAGCCAAAGCUUUAACGUUUGUUCACUUGUUGACGUUUAGUAAAAUAUGUAUUUUUCUCCCUGGGAGUAGAGCUUUUUACAUGUCCGUGUGUCGACUUGUUCAUAGGAAUAUGCUUCGAAAAGCUGAAACUUGUAAUGUGCCUGAGCUAUGUGCAAUACUGUUGGUUUACAUUAAAUGUCCUGUUAUAUUUAUUAUUAAAGCAUGAAAAGAU